UACCCCCCCUCCCCUUCUUCCUUCCCUCGUUUUCUUCUUUCUCCCCUUACAGCUGAAGAGAAGUUCAUGGCUCUAUGAAAAGCAGGUUUUUGGGAGUGAACCAACCUUUUUUACCCUGUUGUACCUCUGUCUGACUGAAGACUGAAGAGAUCACUCUGGUGUGACUGCUGUUAAGAGAGCAAGAAGCUUUGGAGAGACUCCUCAGGACAAAGCUAUAUAAACACGGCAUAGGAGGAGGGAAAUUAUAUGAAUUUGCACAGGGAUUUAAUCUGGCAAUAUUAAGAAAAGAAAACUAGUCUUGUUCUUGACCACCAGGCCAGGUCAAAGUUUUAAGGAGCUUCUUUCCGUCCAGCUAAAGUAGAUCUUCCAAAAAGUCACAACCCCAGCGAUCAGAAUGGAGCUUCAGAAGAUGAAUGGACACAGCAGGGAUGAUGGGUUUGAUGGGCUGGACGCCAUGGCCGAACAAGAGGAGUUUCUCCCACAUAAACCUGGCGUCAAGAAAGAAAUGCACUUUACAGACUUUGAGGGAAAGACUUCAUUCGGCAUGUCCAUCUUUAACCUCAGUAAUGCCAUUAUGGGCAGUGGAAUUCUGGGAUUGGCUUUCGCAAUGUCCAAUACCGGAAUCAUUCUUUUUCUAAUCCUGUUGGUCUCCAUCGCCAUCCUGUCUGCAUAUUCAAUUCAUCUCCUGCUGAAAAGUGCCGGAGUCGUUGGCAUCCGGGCUUAUGAGCAGCUUGGGAAUCGUGCUUUUGGUCCCCCAGGAAAAAUGUUGGCCGGAUGCAUCAUUACGGUACACAACAUUGGAGCAAUGUCCAGCUACCUUUUCAUCGUCAAGUCUGAGCUCCCGCUGGUUAUCCAAGCUUUCCUCGGUAAAGAAUACAACACAGGAGAGUGGUUCUUGAAUGGAAACUACUUGAUCAUCAUUGUUAGCGCUUUCAUCAUCCUUCCUCUAGCACUCAUGAAACGACUUGGUUACCUGGGCUACACAAGUGGCUUCUCCCUCUCCUGCAUGGUGUUUUUCCUAAUCUCGGUCAUCUACAAGAAAUUCAACAUCCCGUGUCCACUGCCUGAUCAUAACACGAAUUCUUCUCACGAUGUCUUUAAUGGUACAGACUGUGAGGCCAAACUAUUAACUGUCAACUCUCAGACGGCAUACACCAUCCCGAUUCUGGCCUUCGCUUUUGUCUGCCACCCAGAGGUGCUACCCAUCUACACUGAGCUACGAGACGCCACCAAGAAACGUAUGCAGAGCGUCGCCAACAUCUCCAUCCUGGCCAUGUUUGUCAUGUACCUGCUGACUGCUCUUUUUGGCUACCUCACCUUUUUUGGCGCUGUGGAGUCAGAGCUGCUGCACACCUACAAUCAAGUCGACCCCCUGGAUGUCAUGAUUCUCUGUGUGCGUCUGGCCGUGCUGGUGGCCGUCACUCUGACCGUCCCUGUGGUUCUUUUCCCGAUCCGCAGGGCUUUGCUCCAGAUCUUCUUCCCUGAAAAGCCUUUCAGUUGGUACAUACACUGCGGCAUCGCGUUUUGUCUCAUCUUCUUGGUCAACCUACUCGUUAUCUUCGUGCCCUCCAUCCGCGACAUCUUUGGACUCAUCGGAGCUACAUCAGCCCCCAGCCUCAUCUUCAUCCUACCUGGAAUCUUCUACAUCCGGAUCGUUCCUGAAGACCAGGAGCCUUUUCUGUCCAGACCCAAGAUUCAGGCUGCAUGCUUCGCUGCAGUGGGAUUCAUCUUCAUGAUCAUGAGUUUGUCAUUUAUCAUCAUAGACUGGGUGACUGGAGAGUCUAGAAGUGGAGGCGGACACUAGCCCCCAUGACUGAACAGAGAUACUGCGGACAGAAUGCCAAAAGCUCUCCCUGUCAUUAAAUUACCCCUGAUCUGCCGAGUUUCAGCCAAAAAAGCCCAAAAGGAAUCUUGGCUGCGCGAAGACGAAGGAAAUGUGAAGACCCUUCGUCUUCAAAACACACACACACACAUUAAAAACAAAAAAAACAAAAGAAAGAAAAUGUUUUUUUGAGGGGCAAACGUAAAAGACCCUGUAAUGGAGGAGAGAAGCCAGAAAAGUCCGAAUACAAAGCAGUGUGUUCUGACUGAAUGAAAUCUAUGUCACACCUCUGACACGACAAUGUUUGGAGGCAUGUGUAGAAAUGUGAAAAAGCAAAAAAAAAGAUGAAUGGGAACAGCAUGACUCAAAUGGAAAUCCCAUUUUUAGAGUAUGGAUGCGUACGGUUCCGUGGAAAAGCUCAGUCACUGCCAAAAUCUACUUCCCUACCAUCUCAGUUUUUACAGGACAGAAAUUUGAUGUCGUAAAAGGAAUCAUUUCCUCCUCCUGGGAGUUUUCUUUUGAUCAUCCGAGUAAAUAUUUCAGUUUGUUUAUUCCUCAUCAUUAAUUUCACAAGUGUUGUCCCUGAACUUCACAGACACAGCUUGAAUAUGAUCAGCGAGGGGGUUAGUCUGCACAUCGUCUCGAUUAUCUUCAAAUGUGGAGUUUAAUUCAUGUUCUAAAUGUGAUGUUUUUCUCAAUCUAUCCUGCCACUCAACAUGACACGUCGUAGAGGUGAUCGGUCAUCUUUUCAAAGCUGAGAUCAAGGUGACGCGUUACAAAGAAUCAGAACAGAUACGGUGCAAACUUGUGGUGUUCAGCUGCUAUACAUGAAGGUCGAACAGACAAGUUACUGACAAUCACAUGUGAAUCAACAGACACGGAGAUGGUGGUUUGUAAAAAAGUUUUUGAGGUUGCUGAAAAGAGAAAUACCUGAAAACCAAAGAUUUUAACUAUUGUGUAACAUAAAAAAAAAGAUGUUACACACUAUUAUUAUAAUUUUUUUUUUUUUUACCAUAACCGGCAAAGGCCAAUAAAAAAUUAUAUAUUUAAAAAUGCCAGUGUUAGGCCCAGAAACUGAAACAGUAUGGAGAAUAAUGAUUUUUAAGUUAAAAAAAAGUCUUCUUUGUGGUCUCAAAAAAAAACAAAAACAAACAAAAAAAAAAACGACUGAAAGAUAUUUUGACUUUGUUACUCAUCCUGUACAUUUUUAAAUUAAUUUGAAUGUUGUUAUCUGUCAAUAAAGUGUGUCUUUCAUUUGUACAGAA